GCGUGCACAUGGAGGCGCAACCUGCCGGCUGAUCCAGUGACGCGGCUCGGCCACAUCCGCUCAGGGCGCAGCGCGACGCCACGGCUUCCGAAGACGUUCAGGGGUAUAACGGGAGCCAUCCUGCUGGCCGUGGGAGUAUGGGGGAAGCUGAUGCUGGGCCCGUACAUCUCCCUGAUAGCCGACAACUCCACCAACGCCCCCUACGUGCUCAUCGGCACCGGCACCGUCAUCAUCUACGCCAUGUUCCUGUCGCUGGUCUUCCUGGCUGAGCUGGUGGCCGGGAUCUCUGGAUUUGUGUUUCGCCACGAGAUCAAGGGGACCUUCCGCCGGACCUACACCGACGCCGUCCUGAACUACAACGCCGAGGACGAGGCGAGCCGCGCCGUGGAUAACCUGCAGCACAGGCUGCGUUGCUGUGGAGUUUACAACUACACUAGCUGGUUCGGCAGCGUGUAUUACCCCUCCAACGGCAUCCCCCCCAGCUGCUGCUUCAACUCCUCCGACUGCAACCCAGAGGAUCUCCGCAAUGCCACCGGCUGCUUUGAGCUGGUCACUUCCUUCAUGGAAACCAACAUGGCCAUCAUAGCUGGAGUGACGUUUGGAAUCGCUUUCUCACAGCUGAUCGGCAUGCUGCUGGCAUGCUGUCUGUCCAGGAUCAUCACAGCCAAUCAGUACGAGAUGGUAGACGAUGAGAAGAACAGACAAAGAGUCUCGACACAACAAGAGUAAAUUCCCAAAACACGUCUGAAUUUGAAUUUGCCUGUCAGUCUCUCUGCCUGAUCCUAAUGUAAUAUGUUAAUGUAUCUUAUUGUAAAGCACCAUUCCUUGAUCGACUGCGGUUGCGUCCAAGCUUUCUAUACCACCCAUCACAUCGCCGCUUGAUGUAAAAGUUGCUCAUUAGCAGUUCUCGCCGCCCGCGGCUAACAGGUAAAGCAGAGUUGUCUAAGCUGACAGCAGUGUGGGUCCCCUCAGAGGCCCACGACACCCCUUUCUACACACUGUCCUCACUAAAGCCGUAAAGUAAUCCUUUAAUAGAUUUGUUUCCUCUUACGUUUGACUUCGCUAUGACUCGUCGUUAUUUUGGUCAAAGGAACGGGGAAUUGUCGAGAGUAUUUUUUACCUGAUAAUGAAAAAGAACAAUAUUUUUUUGUCCAAAAUGUAAAUUAUGACUGAAAUUAACAAUCAGUUCGAGCUUUAGCAUGGAGUAAACAAAUAGAAAUGUUUGUUUUAAACCUCCCGCUGUCUACUUUAUAGAAUGUAGCCUCCACGAACUCUUAAAUUGACAUUUGAUCCCAUGGCGUUUGUUACUUAGAAAUGCAUUAUUUGGAGUUUGAGGGGCUGGUCACACUAACUGACUCUUAAUAAGAUCUGUUAGACCUUUUAUCUUUGUUAUGGCGGCUUUUACAGUAGCAGAGGGAAUGUUAAACACUGCAAAAAAAUUUCAAAAUCAUCUCCGUUUGAACUCCCUCUCUUUUAGUCCCUCAGAGUCAGCACUUUUAAGACCAAAGCCUAAGAAAUUCAAGCAAAUCCUCAUUGCCCCCACAAAGCUUUGAUUCCGCCGAAAUCGACUGAUUUUGUUGCAGCGCACGGCAUUUUUAGAUGUUGUUGUGACCGGACCGUUCCGGGCUCUGAAUAAAUCCUCAAGGACUCAGUUGCGUUGAAGUUUAACAUUCAUGGCAGAAACUUUUGGAAGGCCUCUCCACAAAGGCUCCUGUAGUGUAAGGGGCAUGCUGCGGGCCACAUGCACAACCCUGUAUGUGUUUUCGUGACUGAAACGGUGCGCACACAGAGCCAGAAAUGAUAUAUUUAUUAUGCUGUUCUGAUGAGAGAGCUCCCAAUUUACAAACGUUUUAUCGUUAUGAAACUUUACACACCCCAUGAGAGUGAUUUCCAUUGGGACACUACCCAAAUUCUCCAUUUGCAUAUAAAAAUGCUGUUUGCACCGCAGCAUAAUAGGUACGACAAAAAGAGAAACAAUAUGCAAGGAGCCUUUAAUGAAUGUAAAGCAGAGAUGCUUAAUGAAAAGGAGAAAAAGGUUGUUUUUUAUGUUUCAUUUCUGGAGUCAGAAACAGAACAAAAACUGUUGUUAAAAAAUAGUGAUAGAAAUGAUCAAGUCUGAGUAACCACUAGGAAAAUCCUCUUGCACAAAGGCAGUAUCUCACCUGCUUUUUACCUUGUUCAUCCCCCAAAAGAUCAGAAAACUCUGAAUAUUGUAGAUGAGUUGAUUAUAAAUGGCAUCCAGAAUUUGUUGGGUUUUUUUUAUUCUAGCACUGUGUUAUGUAAUUAACUAUUUGAAACAAUAUCAGUGGGGGUUCCACUUUCCCACUGCUAGUUUUCUGUCUUUUCCUGCUCAUACGAGACUCAAAUUGAUCCAAAACUGGUCCUAAGAGGGUGUGAAGUACAAACUUUCUCUCUUUAGAGAUACCUGUUUGUGGGUACAGAGGAAAAACAUACAUUGUUAGUGCAUCUGGCCCCUCCAGCCCCGCCUACCUGGGAAAGAGGACAGGAUGUCAUUUAACGAGAAGCACUCUAUUUGAUCUAUCCGUGACUUUUUGGUCUUUGUUUUUCUGUCUCCGUGUGUAAGCAACCGUCAGGAUUCGGCUUCAGUAGACCGGCCGUAAAACGUGGUAUGCCGACUGAGCAAGUUCCGAGCUCCGUCUGUGUCAUGAAUUGUUUUUUCCGUCUGGUGGAUUAAAAUCUAACGCCAGCGAUCUUGUUACAGGGAGAGAAUCAAACGAUGUUCAGUUACUACUUAUGGAAUUCUGUGUAGUGCAUCAACCUGCUGCUGCCAUCAUCAUCCUCAUCUGUAGAUAUGUAUUGGAAAUGUUAUUUAUAUGAUGUAAUGUUUCUCAUUCUAAUAUGCUAAUCAGUAGCUGUUGUGUAAGGAUUUUGAAUCCACAUUUUGUGCUGUUUAUCUAUAUUUGUUUGAUAGUUUUUAGGGGAAACUCGCACUGAAAAAAAUAAUUGUGGCAGGUGUUUUUGUUAAGAGUAACGCACAGUUCAGCUGUAUCUUUAUUAUCGGUUUUGUUUGCAUUGAGUUUGAUGGAUUUACCCAGUGAUUUCACCUCUCUAUCCCACCUGUGUGAGUGGGUGUGAAUUUGUUUCUUUAGCUAUCUCAGCCGCGAGUGUGUGUGUCUGUGUGUGUGUGUGUGUGCGUGUAUGUGUGCGUGUAUGUGUGUGUGUAUGUGUGUGUGUGUGAGAGCCAAAGCGAGCGCCUAGACUUUUUUGCUGUGCUGUAAUCGGUUUUUGGUCAGUA